AUGCAAUACAAAAAGACUUUGGUUGCCUCUGCUUUGGCCGCUACUACUUUGGCCGCUUAUGCUCCAUCUGAGCCAUGGUCCACUUUGACUCCAACAGCAAAAUACAGUGGUGGUGUUACUGACUACGUCUCCACCUUCGGUAUUGCCGUUCAACCAAUCUCCACAGCCUCAUCUAAAGCUAAGAGAGCUGCUUCUCAAAUCGGUGAUGGCCAAGUCCAAGCCGCUACUUCUACUGCCGCUGUCUCUACCAAGACCACUGCCGCUGCUGUCUCUCAAAUUGGUGACGGUCAAGUCCAAGCUACCACCAAGACCACAUCAGCUAAGACCACUGCCGCUGCUGUCUCCCAAAUCGGUGAUGGUCAAAUCCAAGCUACCACCAAGACCGCCUCAGCUAAAACCACUGCCGCUGCCGUCUCUCAAAUUGGUGACGGUCAAAUCCAAGCUACCACCACUACUUUAGCUCCAAAGACCACUGCUGCUGCCGUUUCUCAAAUCGGUGACGGCCAAAUUCAAGCUACCACCAAGACUGCCUCAGCUAAAACCACUGCCGCUGCCGUCUCUCAAAUUGGUGACGGUCAAAUCCAAGCCACUACCAAGACCACUGUCGCCGCUGUCUCUCAAAUUGGUGACGGUCAAAUCCAAGCCACUACUAAGACUACCGCUGCUGCUGUUUCUCAAAUUGGUGACGGUCAAAUCCAAGCUACUACUAAGACUACUGCUGCCGCUGUUUCUCAAAUUACUGAUGGCCAAAUCCAAGCUACCACCAAGACUACUCAAGCGGCCAGUCAAGUAAGUGAUGGUCAAGUCCAAGCUACCACUGCUACAUCUGCUUCUCCAGCUGCCACUUCCACCGACCCGGUCGAUGCUGUCUCAUGUAAAACUUCAGGUACUUUAGAGAUGAACUUGAAGGGCGGUGUUUUGACUGACGGUAAAGGUAGAAUUGGUUCUAUUGUCGCUAACAGACAAUUCCAAUUCGACGGUCCUCCACCACAAGCCGGUGCCAUCUACGCUGCAGGUUGGUCCAUUACUCCUGAAGGUAACUUGGCUAUUGGUGACAAUGACGUUUUCUACCAAUGUUUGUCCGGUACCUUUUACAAUUUGUAUGAUGAACACAUUGGUACUCAAUGUACUCCAGUCCACUUGGAAGCUAUCGACUUAGUUGACUGUUAA